AGGCUACGGAGGAGUAGGUCCCAACAAUGGUGGUUUUCUGGGGUUUAGGAUGGUCAUACUCAAAAUCCAAACCUACCAACCCCACACCUCUCCCUCUCUUCCACCUCUGAGUCUGACCUCUCUCUCCUCCCGCCGCUAUCCCAGCCCCACACCUCCUCCCACACCCCACCCCACCGCCGCGCGCACGUGCGUCGCUCUCCUCCUCGGCUCCGGCCAACAGGCGCCGCCGUCCGACGCAUGUGACUGUGCCUAGCUGUCUUCCCUUCUCAUGGACCAGCAGGGGGCGGCGCCGUCCAGCAGCACCAGCACCAGCACCAACAGCAGCCGCAGCACGUCGGACCACCCCCACCACGCGUCGGCCGCCGCGCACCACCACCCCUUCUACUACGCUGCCGCGGCGGCUACAGGCGCCACGCCGCCGCCGCCGUUCAUGGGCUCGCUUGCGAUGGUGCCCGCGGCUACCCCGGCGGGAGCGCAGACGGCCAACCACAGCCAGUCGAUAACGGUGGCCGAGCCGCCGUCAGAGAAGAAGGUGGCGAAGCGGCCGACCAAGGACCGGCACACCAAGGUGGAUGGGCGCGGGCGGAGGAUACGGAUGCCGGCGCUGUGCGCGGCGCGGGUGUUCCAGCUCACGCGGGAGCUCGGCCACAAGACCGACGGCGAGACCGUCGAGUGGCUUCUGCAGCAGGCCGAGCCCGCUAUCGUCGCCGCCACCGGCACCGGCACCGUCCCCGCCAACUUCUCCACCCUCGCCGCCUCCCUCCGCCCCGGCGCCUCCUCCCGUGCCGCGCCCUUCCAGCACCACCUCCAGCACCAGCCGCAGCACGACGUGGCUGCCAUGCUCGGGUUCCAUGGCCACCAUCAGCACCAGCUGCUCCCCCCGCCGCCGCAGCAGCAGCACCACCACCAGCACCCGGAGGCACCGCAAGAUCCUGGCGCCGGGGAGUUCAUGAGGAAGCGGUAUAGGGAGGCGGACGACCUGUUCAAGGACACCGGACGCCAUCAAGACCCGGAAGGCGGCGGCGAGCCCGCGCAGAAGCCCAGGCCGGCGCCGCCACCCACUGCUGUUUCGGGUGCAAUGUGGGCCGUGGCGCCGAACAGCGGCGCAGGCGGCGGCGGCGGCGCCUUCUGGAUGCAGCCGGCAUGGGCCUUCGGCGCCGGGAACACGGUGCAGGCGCCGCUGCAGUUCAUUUCAAGAAGCAGCUUCCCCGGCGGGAUGGGCGACACGAAUCUCGGCAUGCUGGCGGGCCUCAACUCCUGCGGCCGCUCCACCGGCGGCGAGCAGCAGCAGCACCAGCACCAGCAGCAGCCGCAGCAGGAGGAGGAGGAAGGGCAGCCUCCCGAGAUGGAUCAGCACCGCCGGGGCAGCAACAGCGCCGGCGCGAACGGCCACGAGGCCGGCCACUCCGCCGCAAGCCCGCAGUAAGCAAGCAACGAGAGCCAUCCGUUCGGGCAACCAAUCAUGCAAGCAUCUGGCAUGGUGAUCAGGGAGAGUGUGUGGAGCAUUUUAGCUAGUUGCUGCUGCACUAGUUAAUUAAUCAAAUCAACCAAUUGUUUAGUUUGUUCUUUUCUAUUGGGAUUAUUUUAGUUUGGCGUUCAUUAAUCCAUGGUUUGUGCUGAUGGAGGUGAUGAUUAGCAGUGGGUCCAAUUGAACCAGGCACUAUUUGUUUAAGGCAACAAGGCUGAGUUUUGCACAUUUUAUCGUAUCAGUUUUCUAUCAUUGCUAUAUAUCAUGGGGAAUCUAUUUGUUCGA